GUUUAGUCACUCACUCACCUGCGCAGCUGCGCUCCAAACCAGUAUCUAACUUUAUUAGCAUCGAUCAAUCCAUCCACAAGAAAAGAAUAAAUUUCUAUAAACCCUUUGCGGCGGUGUUGUAGACGAGGGAUGGAUUGAUCGAUGCUAAGAACCGCUUCUUAUUGAAUAACCCACUUCAACACCCGGAGUAUUUCGUACGUUUGUACUCUGUAGAUUGACGUGUGACACAGUUUUGGGCUGCCAGAUUGGGGUCGGGUUCUGAUUGGCAUGGAGCAUUUUCCCGAACCCAGUUCCUCUAAUCUCGUUUGACCAACUUGGGUAGAGAGAGCGAGGAGGGAGAUUUGAAUCGUUGAAAUGUUGAAACCCUAGGAAGCGAUGUCUGGGCAGUCCACGAGUAGCAGUGGUGACCACACUUUUGACAUAAAGGAAUUGUUAGAGAUAAGAACAAGAUGCAGAGAGCUCAGGAAGGAAAGGGAAUCAUUGAGGGACUCACAAAAGCAGAGCUUAGAGCUUAUCAGAAAAUUAGAAGAGCAUGUACAAACAUUAACUUGUGCCCACUUAGAGGACAGGAAACGGAUCCAGGAGUUGGAAAGGGAGUUGGAUAACUGCUCACAAGAAAUAGAUUACCUGCAGGAUCAGCUCACCUUAAGCAACUCAGAAUUGAUUAUGCUUGGGGAGGAGGUUUGUUGUCUUCAGUUAAAACUCAAAGACAAGGAAAUUUUAGAGGAAGAAAUGGGACGAUUAAAGGAGGAAUUGGAAAACAAGGAGUUAGAGCUUCAGAGUUCAACUUUGUUAAUAGAGAAACUCGAGGAGUCUAUUUCAUCCGUGGGAUUAGAAUAUCAAUGUGAAAUUGAGAGCCUAAAGCUUGAUAUGACAACACUGGAGCAGCAUAUUGUUGAACUAAAAAAAUCUCAAAAAAAUGCAUUGUUUCAUGAUACCGAGCUUUACGCCCGGGAUGCCGAGGGCUAUAUUGAACAUUUAGAAAGGGAGAAUGGUAUUCUAAAGGAACAACUUCAAAACUGUGAAAAAAAUGUUAAAGUAUUUUGCCAAAUUGUGGAAGAGCAAUGUCCAGAAUGGAUAGUUACUGGGCAUGAAGCUGUACUAGACAACAAUGUGAGCUCUUGUGGAGACAUUUUGGGUCCUCUCCUUACCAAGCUCACUAUUCUCGGGGCAUCCGGUGUCAAUUUCAAGGACGAAACAAACACACAGUCUAACGAAAUACAAAACUACGAAUCUCUUGUGGAGAAGCUUAAGGAGGACCUGAAAUUGGAAAGGUUAAAGGGGAAAGAAGAAGCAGAGGAUUUAGCUCAGGAAAUGGCAGAGUUAAGAUACCAUAUGACUGGCUUGCUUGAAGAAGAGCAAAAACGGCGUGCGUGCAUAGAACAGUUGUCUUUGCAGAGAAUCUCAAAGCUGGAGGCUCAGCUUGAAGAAGAACGGAACAAGUCCUUCGUCAAUGAAGAGGAGACCGGAAAAGCUAUCACCGUUUCCAGAUAUGCCCCUGAAGAGUGAAAAACACUAGAGGAAUCUUGUCUUACUGGUCAGCCACCUUCAACCCAAGGGAGUGCUUGUAUUACUAAUAUUAAAUGCCAGUUUUGAGAAAAAUGUAUGCUUUUGUUGUAUUUGAUUCAUCAACUUUAUCUUAUGUAUCAAAAACUAGAUGCUUUGGUCAAUAAUGAAAUGUAUCAAAAAUU